AUGGCGGCGGAGGAAGUACCGGUUGUAAAAGGAGCCCUCCCCUUCGGUGUAAGCUUCAGACCCAUUGUCUUCAUCGCGAAAGUGACCUCCGGCGCCACCUUGAACACCUCUGGCCAACACGAGAAUCUCAUGACCAUGUAUAACAAAGUUCUCAGAGUUGAGUUUGAGUUUCCACCGUGGUUUUUGCCUGAGUCAAAGAAGCUAAUCUCCAAGAUUGUAGUGGCGGAUCCCGCCAAGAGAACCACGAUUUCGGCCAUAACUCGCAUGUCGUGGUUCUGGAAGGGCUUUUCUUCAUUUUUUGCUCCAGACUUGUGUCAGUUGGAGAAACAAGAGGCCCUUACGAUUACGGAGGAAGAAAACAAUUUCAAGAUGCCUAAGUUCUUCAACGCGUUUGAGUUUAUUUCGUCCAUGUCUUCUAGGUUCAACCUCUCAAGGAUGUUCGAGAGCAAGAGGAAGACAACGACGAUGUUCACGCUGAAGUGCUCCACGGCGGUGAUUGUGGCGAAGAUUGCGGUGGCGACAUGGGGGCUGAGGUUCCGCGUGGCGAAGGUCAAGGACUUCAAGAUCCGGCUGAAGGGUGCGACGAAGGGGAGGAAGAAGAGGCAAGCGGUCACGGUAGAGGUGUUCGAGGUGGCGCCGGAGGUCACUUUCGCGACGAAGACAAUGGAAGGGGAGGGCUCCUAUUACAACCGGUACCCCAAACAGAUCUCCAUCGUUUGA